UCCUACGCUCCUGCUUUCUCCACUUGUACACCUCCCCGGCUUUUUCUCCCAACUUCUACGUGGCACUUCCACAAGCCUCCACCGGCUCUAAUCACUACUCGCUAGCCAUUACGUCUAAUACUUGCCCUCUUCUUGCUCUUUAUUGCACUUCCAUAUCUCCAUUCUUUGCUUCUUCAUUUUAACGCAGAAAGCAGAAAAAAAAGGGGGGAAGAAUUGUGUUCGAGAUAUAGAAGAGAUGGUGAGACAGAGCGGUGCUAGAGCAGAGAGAAGAGACGGAGGAUAUAAGGGAGUGAGGAUGAGGAAAUGGGGGAAAUGGGUAGCGGAGAUUCGUCAACCAAACAGCAGAGGAAGAAUAUGGCUGGGAUCAUAUAAUACUGCAGAGGAGGCAGCUAGAGCUUAUGAUGCUGCCCUUUUUUGCCUUCGUGGACCUUCUGCCACUCUCAAUUUUCCAAUGAACCCACCGGAUAUUCAUUCCGCCACCGACCUUACUCCGUUGCAGAUUCGGGAGGCUGCAUUUAGGCACGCUAGGAGGGGUUCUGAGACAACGGCAUCACAAGAUUUGAAUUCUCGAGUUCCAGCAUCUGGGUUGUUCGAGGAAUCGUCAGAACUGCAUGGAGAGGUGUAUUUGCCUCUUACUGAUCACAGAGCAGAAAGUUUGGAUAAGAUUUCAGGUGGUGCAUAUUAUCAAGCACCUGGUGUGUGGACAGUUCAAUAGUUUUGUUUUCUAUAUAUAUUUCAUAUCAUGUCCUCCUCUUCUAUAAUACACCGACUUUGCUAGAGUCAAUCUUCGUA